UGCAGGACUUCGGAGUCUUUCUCACCCAUUUGCUUGCCAAGAUACAAUUCUAUGGCCUUCCUAUAUGCUUACGUUCAUUUCUUUGAUGAAAACACAUACGUGACUCUUCUUACUCCGAGAUCAGAUGCCUUUUAUGACUUAAAAGAUUCAAGGGCCCGCAUUCAGGAUGUUCUAUUGAAAUCGAAUGUCCUUCUUGAAGUCCAAAGGUCUUUGCAUGAGAAUGUACUGCGUGUCGAAGAUGUCCCAAUGGAACUUUCUUCUCAACCUACAUCUCCGCCUGCACAGUCUUCUGAAAUGGCAAUUGGUGGACCAGCUGGACUUUGGCAUUUUAUAUACAAAAGUGUCAAUCUUGACCAGUAUGUAUCGUCCGAGUUUGCGUUGCCCAUAAGGAGUCCAAAGGAACAGAAGAGAUUGUACAAGGCUUAUCAAAAGUUCUAUGCUUCAAUGCAUGAUAAGGCAACUGGCCCCCACAGGACUCAAUUCAGACGAGAUGAAGAUUAUGUGUUAUUUUGCUGGAUAACCCAAGAUUUUGAGCUGUAUGCGGCCUUUCACCCACUGGCUGACAAGACACAAGCUAUCAAGACAUGCAAUCGCGUAUGCCAAUGGAUCAGGGAUGUAGAAAACAAAGUGUUCGUAUAUGGAGAAAGCACCCUUGCCUGGCAAUACCAUCACUGUUGGGGAGAUAUGUGAGGCUUUAGGUUUGUCUCUGUAACAUUCUCGCAAUACUUAUAUUCAUGAUCAUGGUUCAGGACAA